AUUAAAUAAUUUAGGUAUUUACGUUAAAUGUUGUGUUUAAACAUGAGUAUUUGUAAAUUAUUUGUAAUAUUAACCGGUAUAAACCGGCACAAACCGGUAUGUACCACCGGUCGAACCAUUCCACUUGUUAAACCGACACACUGACAUAAACCGGUUUGACAACCUUGCAUUGCAUACUUUUUGCAACAUCAAAUUAUAGAAAAUAACCGGUGAACAAAAUAAAUAAAUAAAUAACAGCAAGAGCUGAAGCGUGCAGCGUGCUAUUGCAUAGCUCUUGAGGUAGCUUAAAAAAGUAAAAUGGGCCCAACGUGGUAAUUAAUAUUUGGCCCAAUCAGUAGAACCAUGGAAACUGGCGGUUUAUUCUAAUCAGUAAACACCACCAUUACACUAUUACAGCUAUAGAAGAAAAGCUUUGUUUCACCAUCUGCAGAUGGACUAAUUAGUCAAUUGAGAGAACACCAAGAUGCUCAAUCGGACGGGGAGAGGAAAGACCCAGGUGGUCUAGGUCGCCGACCCAUUCAAAGGGAGUGGGAGUUUUGCUAGAUCAGGCGACAGCGGCGCGGUAGAGGAGAUUUUGAGAAUGGGUGUGAAGAUGAAUUUGUGAGCGAUAGUGGGCACGGUGGAGGGGAGAAGGUGGAAUCGAGAUUCAGUUUGGAUUGAAGAGUGGGUGGUUUACAGGGGAUGGGGUGCUUUGUCUGUCAACUUAAAGCGAGAGAGAGAGGUAAUUUUACCAAACAGAAAAGGGUUAAUACCUUAUUAUGGCCUGAAUUAUGACCAUGUAAUCAACUUUGGUCCGUGGUUUGAGAAAUUAACAUCCUAGCCCGAACUAUGCAGCAUAUAGACAAAAUUGGCCUGGAGCGUGGUUUGACCGUUUGUUUGGAUGGUCAACACCGUUGACCGUUAGUCAACUAUCCAGGUCACUGCCAUGUCAGCACAAAAAAUUAUAAUUUCAAUUUUCUUUUUAUUUCCUUUACAAAAUUGAAUGAUAAAAAAACAAAUUAAAAAAAUAAUAAUAAAUCAAUAACUUUUAGCUUAUCCCCUCACCUUCUUUCCUUUUCGAUCAAACCCAAAAAAACCCUAUCUUCCAUUAUGGACUCUGUUUUUCAUUUACUUGCUAUGUUUUUCAAAUGUGGAAACAGGGAGAGGGCAUCACAGCGCAGCGAUUCCGGGCUGCCCGAGACUUACCAAUCCGAGCAGGAGUCUGAAUCAAGGGAUCCGAGCCAAGGAUCGUGAGAUCAACAUCAAAAGAUACGGAAGAUCCGACAAGGCGAUAUAAUUACCAUCCCAGCUGGAGUUGCGGACUGGUUCUACAAUGACGGUCAGUCUCCUCUGGUUCUUGUCCAGAUCAUGGACACUAGCAACUUCGCCAACCAGCUCGACCAGAACUUCAGGAAAUUCUUCCUGGCAGGGAACCCGCAGAGAGAAAUCCAAGGGCAGAGGGGACAGCCUUCGAGGCACCUGUAUCGUGGAGGCGAGAAGGGAAGAGGCAGCGGCGCUGGAGGCCAGGAGCAACGGUUCGGCAACAUCUUCCAGGCCUUCGACGAGCAGUUCUUGGCCGAGGCGUUCAACAUCGACACUGACCUGGCGAGGAGGAUCAAGAACGAGCAGUUCUCGGGGAAGAAGAUGGAAGAUAGGGUUAGUCUGGGUUUGAUCAAAAAGGAAAGAAGGUGAGGGGAUAAGGUGGGGAUGGGUGGCCAAAAGUUAUCGUUUUAUUAUUUUUUUAUAUUUUUUUCUUUAUUAUUCAAUUUUGUAAAGGAAAUAAAACGAAAAUUGAAAUUAUAAUUUUUUUGUGCUGACAUGGCAGUGACCUGGACAGUUGACUAACGGUCAACGGUGUUGACCAUUCAAACAAACGGUCAAACCACGUUCCAGGCCAAUUCUGUCUAUAUGCUGCAUAGUUCGGGUCAGGAUGUUAAUUUCUCAAACCAUGGGCCAAAGUUGAUUAUAUGGUCAUAGUUCAGGCCAUAAUAAGGUAUUAAUCCAACAUAAAAAUAGCGAGAGAGAGAGGCGUUGAAUUUACUGCUUUAACCCUCCGUUUUGUGCGGUUUGGCGAGGAAUAGCUGAUGUGGCAAUAUAUUUAUUUUGACAUU